AACCCUGUUAGUUGCCAUAAACGAGGGAUUGCCGUCCAUUGUGCUUUUUGCUCAGUUUCUCUAUUUUGUUGGUUUCAUUUUAUUUCUACAAUGUACCAAAUGGUUACAAUGUACUGCACGUAGGCCAAGCAAAGCUUUUAUUAAUAUAAAACUUAUAAAUUCAUCAAAACACAAAAAGAAGAAUCAGUUACUACUGAAGUAAAAAACUAAGCACUGGGAUAAAUGUCCAAAGAUAUUGAAGUUUUAUUGAGAUGUACUGUACCUGCAGUGCGUGUUUGUAAUGGCAGACUUUAUCCAGAGGGGGCAGCGUUGCAGCUGAAAGGACGCAGGCCUGCACAGAGGAAGAAAAGUAGGCGGGCGGAAGGCGUGGUGACGUGCUCCGUGCUCUGUGACGUACUUUGUCACAGAGACUCUGCCAUACGAAGCCCAAAUUCAUGACGUCAGUUUUUUUUCUGUGGGACAUUUAUUGAUCUUCGAUAUUAUUUGGGAGCAGUUUUGGCCUGGAUACAAGCUACUGUAUCUGGCAACUGUGUCUGUCCGUUUUAUUCAAAAAACAUUUUAACCAUAUUGGCGCAAUAACUUUCCCCAAAAUAUUUGUUGUGUGGAAAAUACAAAAUACAACCAAGUCAACAACAUCCACGCCGGGAUCGGGAGCAGCUACGCGGCCUGUGAAAGUGUCACCCAUAAGGGUUCUCGACCUGACUUGUUGGCCAAGCGUGGAUGGCUGUCACUCGUCUUUCUAGCCUACCUUGCAGUCAUCUGUCACUUUCAAUGUCACUUGGUGGUUCUCCUGUGACCGUCGUCCAGCUGCCAGGGGGCCAGUUACAGGUUCAAGGAGUGAUCCAGUCUCCUCAGUCGUCAGUCAUUCAGCCCCCACAGGCACAGACUUCACAGGGUUCAGAUAGCGACGAUUCACAUGAUUCUUCAGACAGUGGUGCUACACCGCAGAAAACCAGAGAGCUGCUGGCCAGACGACCAUCAUACAGAAAAAUCCUCAAUGAGCUUUCCUCUGAGGGAAUAUCACAUACUGAGGGGAAGGACAGCUCCACCACCUCAGGAGUGACGGGCGUGACUAUACCCGCACCCAUCUACCAGACCACCACCGGCCAGUACAUUACCGUUACUCCCAAUGGAACCAUCCAGCUGACAAACCCAGGACCUGAUGGCAUUCAGGAACUGCAGGUGGCCAUGGCCAACCCGACCGGAGGCCAGCAGGGCACAACCAUUCUUCAGUAUGCUCAGACCCCCGACGGCCAGCAGAUACUGGUACCAAGUAACCAGGUGGUUGUGCAGGGUGCAGGAGGAGAAGUACAGACGUACCAAAUCCGCACAGCACCAACAUCAGGCUCGCUGCCUCAAGCUCUGGUGAUGGCAUCGUCUUUGGGGCUCUCUCAGAGCAAACCCGAUGAUCCGACAAUGAAGAGGGAAAUUAGGCUGGCAAAAAAACAGGGAAGCAGCCCGUGAGUGUCGACGGAAGAAAAAGGAAUACGUCAAAUGCCUUGAGAAUCGAGUGGCCGUGCUCGAGAACCAAAACAAAACCCUGAUCGAAGAGCUGAAAACCUUAAAGGAACUUUAUUGCGUGAAAACGGGAUAACGUGGCGGAAGUGCAGAGACGAGCCGUGUCAGCUCUGUGGAUAUGAUCAGGUUUCUGGGAACACUUCAGGUUGAGAUUCUCCAUCUUUUUACAUAUAGCAAUCAGAUAUGUACCCUUUUAUAUAUCCAAACACAAAACCAUUUGGACAUUUUCCACCCAUUGUUUUGUAUUUACUAAUGCUAUAACAUUUAUAGUUGUGUAUAUUUUUAAACUGGGAGCUUUGGAAUUGUGAACUUUUAGUCUCACUUUCUAAAUGUCCUUUCCUGCUUUUGUUUUAUUUCUUUCUUGUGUUUUGAAGUAAAUGAUAUUGGGUUCUUUUGUUUUUAGCUCUCAAUAACAUUUACACAGUUUGACUUCAACAGCAAUUUCCCUUUUUCCCCAAUAAGGACAUGUUACAUUUCAUUCCUUCAUUUUCUACAAAGGGAUUUAUGUCUGUAUGCGUGUGCGCGUGUAUUCCUUGUCUGGUCGCCAUGGUUAGCCAAUUGAAUGACUAAUUUUGGCAAAUUUUUUAAAAGGUGAACAUGCGACCAUUUGAUCUUGGAAGGUGGGGCGUUGUGCAGCAAUGUAUGAAAUAUUGCUGAUUGUGUAAGUAAAUAAUAUAUAUUUUCACUGGAUAGGCUUUUCUGAUGUUUUUUGGUUUACCCUGUCACUUAAUGCAAUAUCCCAUAAUAUGAGGUCGUAUGACGACAGUCAGUGGAGCUUCAAGAUGUUGAAUGUGGACUUGAGAG